AUGCUCGGGACGGGGUUCAAGAUGGCCGUAAUGGCAGCGGCGAUGGCGUGUUACGUGCAUCCGCAGCUGCUUCUCCAGCCUUUCAUUGGGUCGGAGCUCGAUGCUUCAGAUGCCAACGCGUUAGUGCGCGUGUUGCGUGGUCUCCUGACGCUGCUAAGCUACGGCUUGGCUAGCUUCCGACCUUCCUGGUUUUACGUACUGGUGACCGUAGCAGCGCUGCAGCUCACGCUAUGGAGUCUGCAACUAGCUGACAACUCGAUACUAGGGGUGAGUGUGGAGAAGGAGGAGAAGCUGUUUCUAAUGGGUGCUGUGGCGUGUUUUGGAGCCAUAAUGAGUAUUCUUUUAUUUGGAGGCAAAGGCGACGACAGAGCUCGAUUUCGAAAGCGACUGGUGGCAUUUUACGCGAAGCACAAUCCCGAGAAGUUGCAGCAAGUGAACGAACUAGUUGAGAAAUACGAACUUAAUGAAGAGCUGUUGUUCCAACGACUGCAUCGGAAAUACAAUGCACUAGCUGCUGGAGCAGACAGUCACUCGGUGAUGAAAAAGAUUGAUGAAAAUGAGUUUUUGUAUGAAGAAGAAGAAGAAGAAAGAGUAGAGUCAGAUGAGGACAUUAUGGCUAUACCAAACGAGGCUGUGGUGUAUCCUUUGGAGAAGGAGAUACAACAGCGUUUCAGCAGUAGUGGAAGUGAUGAAGACUUUGAGGUUGUUGACAGAAAGAAUGGAGCUGUCGUGCGUCAACUGGAAGCUGAAGACUAUGACAGGCUUGACGGCACUCCUCCCGCAUCGCCUCGCACAGCUGAAAAAUUAGCACACAAGCACCGCCAGUCGUCCACACUAAUCAAGAAAGCGAUCGCAGUAGCACGUCAGGAUCAACAAAAACGUAUCGAACGUCGCAUUGCUAACAUUGCGUCGAAGAGUCGAGAUGGCUACGCUGGGCAUUAG